CUUGUUUGUUCCGGAAGACAUCGGGUACUAAACAUCCAACGCCGCAACCUGCGACUCAGCCAACGUCGGUGUACUACUUCGCCCAUCAUGCGUCCCACUGCUACACGUCUAGAUGGAAUGCCUGGACCUAAAUCAUUUUGCCCUUGGUGGGGUGACACCAGCAUACACAAACAAAGGGGAGUGGUUGUCUACACUGUCUCGCCAUUCAGACAGCGCGGCUCAAAAGCUAUAAUUAGAGGCUGGCUAUUCAACGGCUACAGGCGUCUCGCUGCCCAAGUUCCCUACUGGAUAGUCCCCUUUGCUAUCGGAUAUGGAACCUACACGUGGGGCAAUAGUCGUUACGCUUGGCAAAACAGCAAGGCUGGACAUAUUGCACUUGGUGACCACCACCACUGAGGUAUCAUGUUAGAUUCACCAGUUUCGAAAUAGACUUGUUUUCUUUCCAAGGCACACGUCUUCGUGAUAACUAAUUGGGCGCGUGUCUUAACCAGACUGUUCGUUUCUCCCCUGAGCUGGCUGAACUCUAACUCCUACACGUAACUUGAUGAUAGCAUACCAGUAAACGAUGGCUUAAUAUUCGAUGCAUGAUUAUCCCAAAGCCAACCUCGUCGCCCUAA